AUGGAAGAUGAGGUGUUAGCAUUUCAAGAGAAGCUGAUCCAGGUGCAGGAUUUCCUGAGCCAGUCUGAGGUUCAGGAGCUGGUGUUCCUUUGCAGUGAUCUGCUCGAAAAAGACCUCAGCAGUGUGGGCUCUGCCACAGACCUUUUUUUACUGCUACAAAACAAUGACCAUCUGUCUGCAGAAGAUACAUCUCUGCUUGUUGAGCUCCUGAGCAUCAUCAAACGCCAUGGACUAAUUAAAAAACUUCAAUUAGACAAACAACUUCCAGGCAAUCGCAUCUCCCUCUACAGAAAGCUGUUGUUUGAACUGGCCGAACAAAUCUCAGAAGAAGAUCUAAAGAGAAUUAAGUUUUUGCUGUUUAAACAUCUACCUCGUAGGAUAUUUAAAUCAGACAUGACUAUGUUACAGUUGUUAAUGGAAAUGGAGAAGAAGGCCCUCCUGAAUGCUGAAAAUUUGAACAUUUUAGAAAGAAUAAUUGAAAAAACCUGCCCACUUUUAAAGCGAAAUAUAGACCAGUAUAAAAAGCGAAGUGGUGUCGCUGUUCAGAAGAAUGUUGACCUAGAUUUUCUGGACCUUUCAGUGGCCACAAAACCAGUUCAGACACUGGAGCAAUAUGUCAUGAAUGGUGAUUGGAGAGGACACUGCCUUAUUAUUAACAACUACGACUUCUCGGCAUAUCCAAAAUUAAAAAACAGAAAGGGGACAGACACAGAUGAAAAAAGUUUAAAAGCUAUAUUCCAGUGGCUUGGUUUUCAAAUAAACACAGUGCGGGACUGCAGUAGAGAGAAUAUGCUGAAGGCCAUGGAUGACUUGCGGACUCAGGAUCACUCUAAGGCCGACUGUGUGGUGUGCUGUGUGUUGAGUCAUGGCUAUGAUGGUGGUGUAUUUGGGGUGGAUGGAAAUAAGGUUGCAGUAAAAGAGCUGACAGAGCCACUAUUCGGACAUAAUUGUCGCUCCCUUAGCCAAAAGCCCAAACUCUUCUUUAUCCAAGCCUGUCAAGGUAAAAAUGAGCAUCCAGCGGACUUUCUGCAGUCCGAUAGCUCAAAAGACAGCUCAGAGUCUGGUAUUGUUUGUGAUGCUGUCCCUUUCAUCGAGUCUAUACCAGCAGGGGCUGACUUCUUAAUAUCCAUGGCCACAUUGUCGCAAUAUGUUUCAUUCAGAGACACAAAAAUGGGAACCUGGUUCAUACAGUCACUGUGUGAGAACCUGCAGAAGCUGGUGCCAAGUGGUAAUGAUCUGCUGUCCAUACUGACGGAAGUGAAUAGAGAUGUGAGUCAGAAAAACGCUGACAUAAAAGGCAACAGGAAGCAAAUGCCAAAGCCAGAAUACACUCUGAGAAAGAAAGUUGUUUUCCCUGUUCCAAAAAACUGUCCUCCCUUACUUCUUAAUUAA